CAAAAAAAUCAUCGAAGCACCGCAUAGCCCUAGCUUUCGACUUAGGUUUUUCUUAGAGCUCCCUCUAAAACCUCUUCCUUCUUCUCACUUCUCAUCCUUCUAAAGCACGGCUAACUGUCGUUGUCGGCGGCGUAGCAGAGAGGAAGAAAAAGAAGAAGCAAACAUGGCUGCACCCGAAGCUCCUCUCUGCUACGUCGGCAUCGCUCGCCAAUCUGCUGCUUUUCGCCUCAUGAAGCAAAUGGGAUGGGAAGAAGGAGAAGGGCUUGGCAAAGAUAAGCAAGGGAUCAAAGGUUACGUUAGAGUUAAAAACAAACAGGACACGACUGGUGUUGGAUUGGAUAAGCCGAAUCCGUGGGCAUUUGAUACAGCUCAAUUUGAUAGUAUUCUCAAAAGAUUGAAAGUGCAGCAAGCUGCGCAAACCAAUGAUGAAGUUGACAAGAAUGAAAAUCAAGUAGAAACUGAGACCAAUUUGUCUAAUGAUGCUGAAGAACAAGUUGUCAAGACUACCCGGCCACAGGGAAGAUAUAAGAAAAGAGAGAGAGGAAAGCUUGUUCUUGCAUAUUCUUCAAAGGAUCUUGAAGGAAUACUUGUCAAAAAGGUUGAGGAGUCACCACAGGCUAAUCCUGAUGUGGGUGGUGAAAUGGAGUUGAUAGAGACAACUGAAAGUCGCGAUCCUCCUACUGAAGGACAUAAAGCUGAAAGUGUUUCUCCAGAAUGGUGGGGCCAUAAAUAUGGAUUUGUCUCUGGAGGCUUUCUGGGAGAAUCUACCAGAAAGAAAGCAAUCAAAACUGGAGAGUCUAAAAAUUCAACUGAGAGAACUGUAUUUUUUGAAGAUGACCAAGAGAAUCUCUACAAGCUUGUGCAAGAUAAAGCCACAACUGGAAAGCAAGGUCUGGGCAUUAAAGAUCAACCAAAGAAAAUUGCUGGAGUUCGCUUUCAGGGGAAAAAGACGUCAUUUAGUGAUAGCGAUGAUGAGGAUUCCAAUGAUGUUGGUCCCCCAGCAAAACGAAUGCGUGAUAAUGCACAAGAAAUGGAAAAAGCUGAUGAACCAAAAUUGAAGUUGAAAAGGCUAUGUAAACAGCUUCUUCGUCAGGUACCUGGAGAGUCAUUAAAACUAAAACAGCUGAAAGUUCUUAUUGAUGAACGGUCAUCCUUAGUUUUUUCUGACUUUUCUUCAAAGAAAGAUGCCCUUGCCUACUUGAAACGAAAGCUUGCGGGCAGUAAUAAGUUUUCCAUGGAGGGAAAGCGAGUGAGUCUAACAUCAAGCAGUUAAAUUUUGAUACAAUUCUGAGAUAUUCCUGUAGCGGCCUGUAUAUGCUGAGACUGAAUUAGUAGCAUAUUUAUAUAAGUCUUGGUUCAUGCCUCUUUUGUAAUAGUAAUUAUUAAUUUCUUUUUUUUUUCUGAUAUUCAUACUUCAUUUGUAUUAUUUUAUCAGCUUAAAAAUCAUUGCUGAUAUGAAACUUGUCUGAAGGACAAGAGUCGGAGGCUGGCAAUGCUGAAAUUUAUACUGCAAGGAGUAUUCAUUAUUCAAGAAAAAUUUUCAUAGAAUUGGCUUA